CAGGAAGACGAAGAAGAAGGAGGGCGGAGCUAAACGAGCCCAGCGAGCGUCGUCCAACGUCUUCUCCAUGUUCGAACAGACCCAGAUCCAAGAGUUCAAAGAGGCGUUCACGCUGAUAGACCAGAACCGGGACGGCUUCAUCGAUAAGGAGGACCUGAAGGACACCUACGCGUCUCUGGGUAAACUCAACGUGAAGGACAAGGAGCUGGAGGACAUGCUGAAGGAGGCCGCCGGCCCGAUAAACUUCACCAUGUUCCUCAACCUUUUUGGAGAGAAGCUGCACGGUACGGACCCUGAAGAAACCAUCUUAAACGCUUUCAAACUGUUCGACCCAGACGCCCGAGGCUUCGUCCACACACACGAAUUACAGAAACUCCUGAUGACACAGGCGGACCGGUUUACACCUGAGGAGGUGAAACAGAUGUUCCAGUCGUCAAACAUCGACGCCGCCGGGAACCUGGACUACAAAUCUCUGUGUUACAUCAUCACCCACGGGGAGGAGCAGGAGGAGGCCUAACAUCUGCACCAACAUCUGUCUGCAGACACACACCAACAUCUGCACCAACAUCUGGAGCAGGAGGA